AUUUAAAUAAAAAACGUGUAGUGUUUAUAAGAACUACACAAUAAUACAAACGUUUUAUAAUUAUUAUCACUAUUACUUUUACUAUUAUCACUAUAUAAAUUACUAAUUAGUAUAGUAAGUGUGUAAAAUGAUAUACUGUACUGCUUAGCUUUUAAACAUUGGUCAAUCCGAGAAGAGGACAAAUUUAAGGACUUGUAUAUGAAUUUCGGCUAUUCAAAAUAAAAGUAUAUAUAUAUUAAGUACUUAGGUAGGUACUAUUAAAGUAGUGUGUAUAUUAUGACAGAGACCACGUCACGAAAAAAAAUUAUUCUGCCUUGACUAUGGACUUAGUAAAAUAUAUAAUAGAUGUUAUUAAAAUAAAAACCUAUAGUAUAAAUACGUAAUUAACAAGUUAUUCAUAACACAACACGAUCGUAAGACAAGUUAAUAAUAUCUUGACAAUAAUUUCAGAACUUUUUACAUAUUUCAAGUUAAUAUAUUGAAUUACUUAGUCAUAAUGAAGUCGUAUAAGUAAACAUACUAUUUUAAGAUUUUAAAACGAAAACACAAACAAAAAAAAAAAAAAACCGAAAAAUCUAAAAACCGAUUUAUAUUAAAUAAUAAUCACAUUAACUACUAUAGUUAAAACACAAGACGACUAUUGGGGAUUGUAUACAAUUUAAUUUUACAACUAGUACACGCGUAGAUGCGAUUGUUUUUAAUAUAUAAGGAAAAAAGCUUAAAAAAUAUAUGAUACAAUAAAGAUGAUAUUGCUACACGCAAUUUUUCAUUAUUAUUUUAAAAACGUAUUCAAAGUAUGCAACUAUGCAAGUAGGUUCGCGAGUACAUGCAAAAAAUGUAUAAUUUAAAAAUAUAUAAAUAAUACAGUCAUAAAUAAAAUUGUUAUAUCAAUACCGGUUCCCGCCAAUUGUGUUAUAUAAUUAACAAAGGUCGUACGCCGAUUGCUGCAGUUCACGUGCAGUGGUGAUCGGACGCGUACGCACUUUCGUAAUAGUAUAAUACACGCUCGAACGCACAGGUUAGUGACCAAUAGAAAUGACUAAUACAACACACAUACAUUUAUAGUAACCCUUAUAAGUAAAUAUUAUAACCUCGAGUAACUAAAUUGAGCUAUAUACCGUUUUCCGUAAUACCUACAGAAAUAAAAAAAAGCGGCGAUGCAAAUGUCGACCGCGAUCUCGCUGUCUUUGCUGUUGUGGUUGUCGAUAGACUUGCGGACGAUUCCCGUCUCGAAGGCUGCCCGAAUACUGGCCGUCGAAACGGUGCCGGGAAAGAGCCACUGGAACUUCAUGAGCUCGGUGCUCAGAUCGCUAACUGAUGCCGGACACAACGUUACCGUUUUCACGCCGUUUCCGGACGGCGACCGGGAAAACUACACAGAGGUAGAUAUGUCCCGCGACUUUCCGUUCAAGCUCGAGCUAGAUGUAAUGUACACGAUAAAACAAUUCGGCAACCCGAUUGCGUUGAUCAACGUGGUUAGCAAAAUUUUUCAAAUCUAUAGCUCCAAAAUCCACGGUAAACGGGAGAUGAUCGAAAUAUUAGCUUCUAGGACACGGGUCAAGUAUGAUUUGCUCAUAGCCGAGCCUUUAAGUUUCGAUUGCGUUUCUUACAUAGCCGACACGCUUGGUGUUCCUGUAAUCUACUCGGUCCCGUCAACGUUGGUGUCUUACAACGAAAGGCUAUUUACGGGUCAUUUGUCUAAUCCGGCUUUAGUGUCCAACUUGUUGGCCAACCACGCCGUGCCCAGCACGUUUUACCAGAGGUUUACCAACACGGCGUUAUUGACGUAUAGCAUGGUCAAGACCAAGUACGACCAGAUAGUUAACCGGUUUACAUACGGUAGGCCGUAUGAUCUGGCUCAGAUCGUCCAUCCAUCCAUUAUCUUCCAAAAUAGUCAUUACGUCACCGAGUCUUCAAAACCGCUCACGCCCAAUGUCAUCUACGUAGGUGGCAUACACCUGAAACCCGCUAAAACGAUACCGAAAGAUAUUUUAGAUUUCAUCGAAGACUCGCCGCAAGGAGUGAUUCUCUUUACAUUCGGUUCCACGAUUAAUGUCUCAUCUCUUCCAGAACAUAUUAAAAAGGCAUUUAAAGAAGCAUUGGCCGACGUUCCUCAGAGAGUUUUGUGGAAAUACGAAGGCGAAAUGAAGGACAAACCAAAAAAUGUAAUGACGAAAAAAUGGUUCCCUCAGCGGGAAAUACUAUUGCACCCCAAAGUGAAACUGUUUAUUAGUCAUGGGGGUAUGUCUGGAGUGUACGAAGCAGUGGAUGCCGGUGUUCCAGUACUGGGAAUCCCUGUGUUUUUCGAUCAGCCGAGAAAUAUUGAACAUUUAGUGCUCGCUGGAAUGGCGAUAUCCAUGGACCUGUUGUCAACGUCAAAAGAAAAGUUGUCAAAUGCCAUUUCAAAACUCAUCAACGACGAAAGUUAUGCAAAAAAUGCCAAAAUUGCUUCCAUCCGAUUCAAAGACAGACCGAUGACUCCUCAACAGUCGGUCGUUUAUUGGACGGAGUAUGUGAUUCGUCACAAAGGUGCUCCACAUUUGAAAUCACAAGCUCUAAAUUUGACGUGGUAUCAAUACUUACUAUUAGACGUGAUGAUUGUUGCGUUAACUUUUGUUUUCCUAGUCACAUUUUUAGUCUAUAAGGUUUUAAAAUUUAUUCGUAAGUACGUUUUAAAGAACGACAAAGUGAAAUCUCAUUGACAGUACAUACUACCUUAUCGGUAAUCGGUAAAAAAGUAAACGAAAAAAAAUUAUAGGUAAUAAACGACAAGGUAAAAAACGUCAAAUUCAUUUUACUUUAAAUUCCAAAUAUUAGCUUAAGGAUUAUAACAACUCUUAGACAAUUGUUAAAUUAAAUAAGUAAAUAAUGAUACAAAUAUCAAAUAUUAUAUGAUAACGUUAUUAAAAAUAUUUUUAAAUAGGUAUUAGUAUAUAGGAAUUCGAAAGCACGCUUGUUGAAAUAAACUUUACAUUCAUAUUAUGUUUUGCACUAUAGGUUUUGAUUUAGUGAUGAUAAUACCUAUAUUAAAUAAGUAAUAAUAUAUAAGUUGUAUUUGUUAAAACAAUGAUACCUGUGAUUUAACCAAAUUUUAUCGUUAAAAAUGUAAUCGUUUUUAAUAUUUUAUGCCUAGUCACUUAUACGUAGUUUUGAUGAGCGAAAUCGUGACGAUAGUAAUAAUAAUAGUGAACAUAAUAUUAUAUCCCUCCUUGUACGUAAAAAUCUACUACUUAUAAGUAGUAUAAUAAAAGAGUAUAAUAAAAGUUUAAUAUACGAUUUUGGAUGAUGAGAAUAUGGAUAAACAGUGUUGGUACAACUUCCAUAUAAUUUGUGUAAAACGUUAAGCGUCAGUUAUAUCUUGAUCUCGAUUUCGAUACAUUACAGUAGGUACAUCUUUACAUUAUACUAAGGUACCUAUUUAAUUUAACAAUAGACUUAGAAUAUACUUAUACGUUAACUAAUAUUUAAAAUUUUAAAGUAAAGUGUAUUUGACGUUUUUGACCCUUGUUAUUACCGUGUCGUUUUUUCCUAGAUUCUAUCUUAUCAUAUAAACAUUUGAUAUUUAUUAUCUGAAUUAAUUUUUCUCUCAUAAUUAUUAUUAUUAUUAUUUUUAUUAUUAAUUUGUUGAUAUUGUUAUCUAUUAAAAAGUAGUUGGUUCACUAAAAUAAAUAAAUGUGUUGUUAAGAAAAAAGUUUUUAAUGUAUUAUAAUAAUGAGUCGUAUAUAGGUAAUAUAAUAAACAUUAUUCUGGUAUACUGUUCGGCGCAUUGUUAAAACAAUUGGUAAAUCGAAUAAAGAGAUAAAUUUAAGGACUUGUA